AUGGCACGAAAAUUCAGAACUCAAGAAACAGGCGACCAGAAUAUUCUCGCCCUCUACCAGCACGAAGUUGGCGAUAUCGAUGGUAGCAUAGAGUGGAUAACUCCAACAAAUAACAUCAGAACGAGCCCCCCGUCGAGUACACUAGCGGUUGCGGUCGAUAUUGGGAGCAAUGCCGGAGCAGUGAGGAUUCAUGAGGCGGAAGGUGGAAAAUUUGUUGACGGUGUAGGGACAGAGGAAGCCGGACACGUUGUUAUAGUGCCUUGGGAUGGCAAUUGGUAUUAUUACACGAUUGGAAGGAUACGGUUAGGGUAUAUCCGAAGGGUGGAUACAAGCGACAGCUAG